GAUUCGGACAGCCAAACUUCAACUCGGCCAAACUUCAGAACGCUAUCUCAGUCACCAGUUCAGCCCGAAAAUUUACUCGCCUGAAUCCAUAAGUCUGAGGGCUACCCACAGUCAUGUGAGCUUCCAGCAAGUCGCCUUUCCAUUUCUUAUCUGUUUCCGUUCUCAGUCCCAUUUUUCGUCCGCGCGUUUAUCUCCUUCCACCGGCGUUAUGGCGACCGUCGCUGCACCCUCCGCCAGCCUUCGCUGCUCGCUGCUGUCCUCCCAGGGCAAGGCCGUCUCGGGCCGGCAGCUCGCUGUCGUUUCUGCCAGGCCGGCAGCAGCAUUCUCAAAGAAGGCGGCGCUUGUCGCGAGGGCCUCGUCCGAGGACAAGCCGUCACUGGCGGCGUCCAUCGCAACGGCUGCAGCCACCGCCAUCUGCGGCGCCUGUGUCGCUGUUUCGCUCGCUGCCGCUGCUCCAGCCCUCGCUGCUCCCCCUGCCGGUCAGGUCCGCCUGCCCCCUCUCUCCAGCGACCCGAACCGCUGUGAGCGUGCGUUCGUGGGCAACACGAUCGGGCAGGCGAACGGGGUGUCGGACAAGGUGCUGGAUCUGAGGCAGUGCGACUUCUCGGGCGACAAGGAGAACCUCAAGGGCAAGACGCUGUCGUCCGCGCUCAUGUCCGGGGCGAACUUUGACAACGCGGACCUCACUGAGGUGGUCAUGAGCAAGGCGUACGCCGUGGGGGCCAGCUUCCGGGGUGCAGAUUUCACCAACUCUGUGUUGGAUCGAGUCCUUUUCAACGAAGCCGAUCUGACCGGCGCGUCGUUCAGAAACGCGGUGCUGUCAGCAUCCACAUUCAACGACGCCAACCUCACCGAUACGAUCUUUGAAGACGCUCUUAUCGGAUACGUCGAUGUGCAGAAGCUCUGCCGCAACACCACGCUCGGCGAAUUCACUCGCCUCGAGCUUGGAUGCAAGUAGUGUAUACUGUGUAUACAGGUAUUCAUAAGCCACUCUGUUUGGUUUGGAUAACUAGAUGUGCUAAGUGUUAUUAAUUAAUCAGAGUAAUACAGUGGCGGAAUAAAUUGUCCACAUGUUCAGCCUUUUUUGGCAUUUUGAUGAGUGCAGCGAUGUAAACAUUAAGCCUUAACGU